GGGUCCUGCGGGGUCCUGUUGCCUUUCACCAGCUGAGAGAGAAACUGCGACAGCUUCGCUUCACGCACUUUAAUGGACCCCUGGACGCGUUGACUCGUGUUUUUCCUCAUUUCAACCAUGAAUCUCGUCAGGUCGCGCCUUUCUAUCGGCAGAUUAUUAGGUCAACGGUGCAGACACGUCACAGAAACAUGGAGCCACAGAGGGAUGUGCAAUAAACCACAGGAGGUCAAAACAGAGCCUCUGCCUGCAGCCCCAGUCGAAGCACCUCGUCCUGCAUUCAGAAUCCCAGGCUCCAGGCCCUCGAAUAUGGACAGGAGGAUUUUGAUCUGGUCGGGACGUUUCAAGACCCCAGACCAGAUACCGGAGCUUGUGUCAUACGAGAUGAUCGAUGCUGCCCGAAACAAAGUCAGAGUGAAAAUGUGCUAUUUGAUGAUGGGGGCAACAAUAGUGGCCUGUCUGAUCAUGGUGAUCCUGGGCAAGCGGGCGGCCGGACGAAACGAGUCCCUGACUGCUCAAAACAUGGCAAAGAAAGCUCAGUGGAGGGAGGAACUCCACCAACAACAGGAAGCUGCUGCUGCUCUGGCUGAGAAGGCUCAGUGAGGGACUGUGUGUCCCUUCACAACUAUGUUCCCCUUCCUACUGUAUGUCUCACAACUGCAAUGUGCUCCACUCUCAUUCCUUUGGAGAAAUGAGUAACCAGAUGAUUUUGAAGCAGUCAAUAGUGAGUGCUUUUAACAACCAGCAGAUUGACUCACAACAAUGGCUUCUGUAAUGGAUUUUGAAACUCUGUGUGUGAAUGUUUGGAGGUUAAAAAGUGGAACCUGUUUGUCAGUAUGCUACACUGAUCAUUUCUGGUGGUAUCACAUAUUUGGAGAAUGGAAACAAUGAUUUUCAGACUACAAAUCAGUUGCACAUACCUCUCAAGCUCUCCAAUAUAAAUGCCUUAGAUAUCCCUGUUUUUAAAGUAGCCUCUAAGGCAACGGUUUUGUUUUUAUCCGCCUUGUAAAGACUUGUAUGGUUUUCAGUUUUCGAAAGUAAAUACCAACAACUGGCUCAAGCUUAACCAUCUGUACAAUCCUCUAUCCUGUUCUGUCAAUGUAAUCAGGCUUGUUUGUGAGAUGUGUCUUUGUACAUAGUGAGCACCAAAUAAUUCAGUUGAAUAAAGUAUCGCAACUUGAAAA